AUGGCUUCUGCCUUCUACAAAGAGCUCUUCGCCGAGAAUCUCAAUAAUCGCCCAUGGAGAGAAACUUCGGUUAACUGGCCUCAACUUGAAAACUUGGAUUUGGUGGAGUUAAACAAGAAGGUAUCAAAGGAAGAGAUAAGGCUUGCCUUUUUCCAAAUGAACCCGCACAAAGCCCCUGGGCUAGACGACUUUCCUGCUGCCUUUUAUCAAAAGAACUGGGCCAUCCUGGGUGAUAGGGUGGAGAGACCAGAGAAACUAGGACAAUUCAGGCACAUAUCCCUCUGUAAUGUCCUGUACAAAGCUGUGACCAAGAUCAUCGUGAAUAGGUUAAAGCCGCUCCUGAAAAAGCUGAUCUCUCCCUUCCAGUCGAGUUUUAUCCCAAGGAGGAAUAUCCAUGAUAAUGUGAUAAUUGCCCAAGAGAUGACACAUAUGAUGAAUAGACAACGAGGGGGGAAAGCGUUUAUGUCCAUCAAGAUAGACCUUGUUAAAGCCUAUGAUAGGCUGAGUUGGGAGUUCAUUAAUCAGGUGUUGCAAGAGAUAGGCAUCCCUCGAAAUCUCAUUAGCAUUAUUCAAGCUUGUUUAUCGACCCCGAAUUUCCAAAUCCUGUGGAAUGGAAACAAGUCCAGUCCUUUUGUCCUUUUUCUUCCUCUAGAGGAGUUCUGCCUCAUGUCUGGCCAGGAGAUAAGCCUUGAGAAGACAAUUAUUUUCUUCUCCAAGAACACUCAAGAGGAGAUCAAAGAAGACAUAAUCCUAGCUAGCGGCUUCAAGAAGGCUGAGUCCUUAGGGAAAUAUUUAGGGGCUAUGCUAGAUCAUGGGAGAAAUAAGAGGAGGAAUUAUGAAGGAGUCAUCAGAAGGGUCAGACAAAGAUUAGCUGGUUGGAAGAGCCACUGUUUGUCCUUUGCUGGCAGAGUUACUUUAGCCAAAUCGGUGAUAAGCUCCAUUCCUUCAUAUCAUAUGCAGCACGGUGCUUUACUGAUAACCACCUGUAAGGAAAUUGAAAAACUUCAAAGGGCUUUCAUUUUGGGGGAUAUUGAUCUGAAAAAGAAUGCGCACCUCCUAGACUGGGAAACGCUUUGCAAGCCCAAGAGGGCUGGAGGAAUGGGAAUCAUUAGCCUUCAAGGGCAUAAUGAGGCCUUUUUACACAAAAUUUCUUGGAAAUUGUUAAAUAACCAAGAGGAGCUGUGGGUUAGGGUCUUGAUUGGGAAGUAUGGCCGCAAUCUGGAUUGGAGAAGAGAGGUUAAUGCCAAGAGCUACGACUCCUCCACCUUAUGGAAAUGA